GCCCAAUGACGAACUUCCAUUUCGCACAACAAAUCCUACACUGCUCGUCCUCCACCCCCUUUAUUAAAGAAAGGGUUCUUGCUCCUACCAUCCCAGCCUCAAAAAGUGUUCGAGAGAGAGAGAGAGAGAGCUAAAAAGGAAGAGAAAGCAGAGCAUUUGAGAGGAAGGGGAGAUCAGGAAAUUAAAGGAGUAGUUUUUUUUUGUACCGAGGAGGGUUGUUGUUGUUGUUUUUGUUGUUAUAAUUUGGGGGAGGGGGGGGUGGUUCUCCGGUGGUGAGAUGGGGUUUCCGGUGGGGUACUCGGAGCUGCUGCUCCCGAAGCUGCUGCUGCAGCUGAUCCUGUUCCUGGGCCUGCUCCGGCGCGUGCUCUCGUGGGCGUUCGGGGCGGUGGGCCUGGGCGACCUGCUCGACCCGGACGCGCCGUGGGCACCCGACGCGCACGCGGCGCCGCAGCCCCGCCCGGCCCCGGCCGUGGACGACGUGCUCCCCGUGGUGCGCUACGACGAGCUCCGGCCCCUCCCCCACCCGCGCGGGGGCGGGGAGAGCUGCGCCGUGUGCCUCCACGACCUCGACGGCGCCGCCGAGGUCCGCCGCCUCGCCAACUGCCGCCACGUCUUCCACCGCGGCUGCCUCGACCGUUGGAUGGCCCACGACCAGCGCACCUGCCCCCUCUGCCGCGCCCCCCUCCUCCCCGCCGACGCCCCCGCCCCCGCCCCAGACGCCGCCGACUACGACUACGCCUUCUCCUUGCCCAGCCCGGCGCUGCUCCUUCCCCACCAGUUACUCGGCGGUGGGUACUAAUUUUCUGAAUCGAAAACAGCUGGGGUGGGCUUGCAAUUAGAGAGGUAGAGGUUGGGAGUUCUUGUAUAUAUAGUUGGAUUUUAAAGUUUGGGAUCUGACUGGUGGUGCAUGGCACGGCAUGGCAUGGCAUGGCGUUUCAAAGGGCUGCUGCUUCUGGUUUGGGAUUGGAAACAAAGACCCGGAUUGAAGGAAAAGUCAAAAAAGAAAAAAAAAAAAUGAAGAUGCUUUGAUUCAUUUGGUUGGGUUGAAUUGAUUUGGGUUCAGACGAGGUUUGUUUAACUAUGCCCGAAUGGAUUCGAGGUGGAAUGUGGAACUGAUUUCAUCCGAGAUCUCUGAUUCCUGGCGAGUGGUCUCUCCUGAGACCUUGAUCAGAGGCAAGGAGAAAGGACAGAAGAGACUACGAAUUGGAUAUGUAGAUUUCCUCUUCCUACUAUAUCUUUUCUUUUUUGGUAUUUUUUUCUUAUUCCCCCCUGCUGUUGAUUAGUUAUUUUACCACUGAUCAGUGAACAUCUUUUCUUUUACUAGUAUUUUUCUUCGUCUAAUUAUUCGAUCCGGAGUUGAUGAUUUGUGAAUUAAA